AUGGAAAGAGUUUAAGAAUUGCAGCAGAGCUUAAAUAAAAUUUAUGACAAUUUUAAGGAAAGCUAAUUUGAACUGGUUCAUUAAUUUGAUGUUUAAAAACUUGAAUAUGCUGAGUCUAUAAGUGCCCUGAGUGAAGCUAAAAGGAACUUGGAGCUUAAUAGACAUAGAAUUACAUAAAAAAAGGGCUUGUUGGUAGAGGGUAUUAAUAAAAGAAUAGAAACAUGUAAGCAGCUACAACCUCAAUAAAUAUAUACUAUUGAAGCCUAUGAUAAAGAUAAUCCUCUUUAUGAGAUUUUCGUUUGGAUAUUUGGUGUUGUUUAUAAAAUUCCCACUGAAAAUUUGGAGCUAAAAAAAACAAUAAAUCUGUUGAUGAUUGAAGAAGGCAGAGAAUUUAUUAUUAAACUAGCAGCUUUUAAUAGCAAAGACUUAUCAGAAUAAGAAUUGGAGGCAACAAAUAUUCUCUUAGAAAAAUAAUAAGAAUAUCUUUCUUAGGAUAUAGAACUGACAAAAAAACUCUAGUUAAUGAAGCUUUUUAAUAUAAUUCUAAUGAUUGCACAUGAAAAAGAAUUAACAGACGACAUUGAAUUCAAUACUAAACAGAUGAUUUAAGAAUAAGAAAAGGUAAAAUUCUAUGAUUAGGAUGAAAAAUGUUAGAGUUUGAAAAUUUAAUACAUGAAAGAGUAGCAACAAAACAAUAAAAUAUUCCACCAUGCUUUAUCAACUAUAAGCUAAGGAUUAAAAAAUCUCAAGCUUUGA